CUUUUCCUUCCCACACGAGGAAGUUGAAGUUUGGUGGCGCCAAAAGUAAAAGGUGUGGUAAUAUGUUUAUGUUUGACUCUACAGGAGAGGGACAAGCGGUAGAAAAUGGAUGAUUUAUCUGGCCUUCAGCAGGCAAGUGUCAAGAAGUCACCAGCAGCAUCUUCGUCUUCAGGUGAGUCUUCAUCUCAACAGGAACAACAUCCCAAUGACAGCAGACAUUGUACAGCCCUGGCCCCACCCCUCCUCUUCCUGGCCCCACCCCUCUUCUUCACCAGUCUGCACACCUUCAUCAUCAUCAUCAUCAUCAUCGUGUCCAAGCGAGAGAAGAGCACCUCCCCCCUCCUCCCCCUCCUGCCAACAUGGAUGCUGCCUGCAUGUAACUCAAGUCUGCGCACACGCAAGACGGGGGUCACGAUGAGCCAAGAGCCGGCGAGCGCCCCCAGCUGGCUGAUCCCUGACCCCACAGCCUGGGCCAGCAGUGGCGGGGGUCCGACGGACAACGUCAGCACGGCGGCGAGCACCUUCCCCCCGGAGGAGUCGCUGUCGCCCCGCCAGCCGCCUCCGCCCGUCAACCCGUGGGACGUGGUCCUGUGCACGUCCGGCACCCUGAUCGCCUGCGAGAACGCGCUGGUGGUCCUGGUCAUCUGGCAGAACCCGGCGCUGCGAGCCCCCAUGUUCCUGCUGAUCGGCAGCCUGGCUCUGGCCGACCUGCUGGCCGGCUUGGGUCUGGUGCUGCACUUCACCUGCGCCUACCUGCUGCGCUCCGACUCCGCCCAGCUGCUGACCGUAGGUCUGGUGGUGGCGUCUUUCUCUGCCUCCGUCUUCAGCCUGCUGGCCAUCACCAUCGACCGCUACCUGUCGCUCUACUACGCGCUCACCUACAACUCGGAGCGCACGGCGGCGUUCACCUACACCAUGUUGCUGCUGCUGUGGUCUCUGUCGCUGGGUCUGGGCCUGCUGCCCGUCACCGGCGUCAACUGCCUGGCGCAGGAGGCGGCGUGCAGCGUGGUGCGCCCGCUGACCAAGAACAACGUGGCCGUGCUGUCCGUCUCCUUCCUGCUGCUCUUCGGCCUCAUGCUGCAGCUCUACGUGCAGAUCUGCAAGAUCGUCAUGCGCCACGCCCACCAGAUCGCCCUGCAGCACCACUUCCUGGCCGCCACGCCGCACUACGUCACCACGCGCAAGGGCGUGUCCACGCUGGCCAUCAUCCUGGGGACCUUCGCCGCCUGCUGGAUGCCCUUCACCGUCUACUCGCUCAUCGCCGACUACACCUACCCGCCGCUCUACACCUACGCCACGCUGGUGCCCGCCACCUACAACUCCGUCAUCAACCCGCUCAUCUACGCCUUCCGCAACCAGGAGAUCCAGAAGGCGCUGUGGUUGGUGUGCUGCGGCUGCAUCCCCGCCGGCGUGGCCCGCCGGGCACGGACUCCGAGUGACGUCUGACCGCGUCGACCCGACCUUUUCCGGCCUGGGGGGGCGAGUCCGCGCGGGAGUGUUGCUUGGCGAUGGAGCGGACGGCCGUCAUUUUUCUCGUCACCGAGGUUUUGCCUCUCUUGUCUUCCUCGCCGGAUGCGGUGCAUGCUGCCCCCGCCCUCCCCCGGUCUGGUGCCACGCCCCUCCGGUGCUCUGCGGGGGCUGCGUCACCAUCAAAGCUUCCGCCCUCGGCGCGGCUUGCAGCUAAAAAUAGAUCAGCAGGUCCUCCGCACACGGAGACCAGAAAAAUGGUGGAUUUUUACUGGAGUCUUACGUUUGCACGUCUUUGACACACACACACACACACACACACACACACACACACACACACACACACACACACACAACCCAGGUUGUAAGAGCAUGUUGUGUAGUUCUUAAAGUGACAUGCACUUUAUUUGGGGGAUGAUGACGACUAUGAAGAUGAAGGUGCACAAGUCUACCAAACAUUGUGUGUGUGUGUGUGUGUGUGUGUGUUGCUUAGUUCUUCUUGACUUUCUAGUAAAAGCAAAAGUACACAACUGGACUCUUUCCUUCUUUCUUUCCGCCCGCCUGUCCCUCCUGUUGCCAUGGAAACCCCGCCCUCAGGCAGGGAGGUGUAUUGCGAGUGAGGAGACUCUUCAUCCUCCAUCUUUUUAUUUCUCUCUGGGUCAAAGGUCAGCCUACACACAUGGCUCAAAGGGACGUUCCAACACUGGCAACAUGACAGGUGUGGUAAUACAGGUGUCUUGUUACAGGUGUGGUAUUAAAGGUGUGUUAUUACAUAAGGUGAAGCUUGCAGGAAGUGCUCACAAUUACACUAUAUUCUCUAAACACACAGCAAGUAUCACUUCUUGCCUCCGUCAGUCAGACCAACCGUCAGUCGGACCAAUCGGCCUCCGUCAGUUGGACCAACCGUCAGUCAGACCAAUCGUUGUCCUCUGUCAGUCGGACCGACCGUCAAUCAGACCAAUCAUUGUCCUCCGUCAGUCGGACCA